UUUCGCAAUACUUGGAGCAGCAACAAAACAUACACAAGACUUCAUCAACUUAACUUAUUUGGUCAACGAAAAAUACGGACAUUUUACUUCCCAACUUUUUAUUCUUUUGAUGGGCAAUUGACGACACCUAAAAAAAAAAAAAAAAAAAAAAAAAAAAAAGCAGACAAGGUAACGUCGUUGAUUUGACUCCAGUAACUCCAGUCUACAGGAGCGCGUCCAGACACCAAAUUCAUCCAGAGUGCCACCCAACCAGCACGCCAGUCAUAGCAGACGGACAGUGAGGCGAGCGGUCAGCAGAUCCAAACCAAAUGAGCAAGAGGUCGCAGCAGACGAUAAACACGGAGCAGAACAGGGGGGCUGUUAGUGUGAUCCAGGGCCAAGCUAGUGGAGCAACAUCAACAACACCAGGAGGAAGCUUACAGCUGGUACCCCAGCUAGUCCCUGCCACCCCAGCCGAAGGAGGAGGAGGAGGCAAGGCCAAGAUGAAGAAGACGUCGGGGGACAAGGACAGUGACGAGUACCGCCAGCGUCGGGAACGGAACAACCUGGCGGUUAAGAAGAGCAGGAUGAGAUCCAAGCAGAAGGCCCAGGACACGCAGCAACGUGUCAACGAGCUGAAAGAGGAGAACGAGAGGCUGGAGGCCAAGAUCAAGCUGCUCAGCAAAGAGCUGUCUGUCCUCAAGGACCUCUUCCUGGAACACGCCCACAACCUGGCCGACAACGUCCAAGCGCCUGGCGCGGAGGGGGCCAGCCCCGCCCACAACAACAACAACAACAACAACAACAAUGGGGCGUGUAACAACAACAGCAGCCAGUGAGAAGAGGGCAGCAGGGACAUGAAAUAUGAUACCUCACGGUUGAGUGCUUCCCAAACGGCACCCUAUUUUCCCCAUAGGGCCCUGGUCUAAAGUAGUGCACUAUGAAGGGAAUAGGGGGCCAUUUUGAGUCAACCAGGGUGAUGGUAAAUAGACAGCUCGCCACUGCUUCUUAGCCUUCCUCUGGCUCCUCCCAGAGAUGAUAUAUACUGGCAGAGAGAUUUCACUGUUGUCUUCUUUGUGCGUUCAGAUUGGUUCACAAUGAUGAGAUUUCUUCUUCUUUUUUUUUUUUUUUUUACAAUUUGGAGACAUUUCUAAAGAGACCCUGUUGAGUCACAAGAUAAACUAUUCACUUAGUUAAGAUGAUGAUGUGGGUGAGGGGGGGGGGGAGUAUAUAUUUUAUUAUUUUGGGUUUCUUGUUCCUUUUAAAAGAAUGUUUGGUGAACUAGCUACCAUUUUUUUGUCUGGCGUUUUUAGUAUUGUCAGUACAUUCACUACGGUUGAAGUUAAUCAGAAUGAUGCCUGUUUUUUUGGGGGGGGGAUGCGUCUGUUGGCUUCAGAUAUGCACACGUUGUACAUUUUUUAUUUUUAAAUAUAUAUAUUUUGUUGUUGUGUCCUAAUCGAAUGGCUUUACUUCUGCUUUGGGCUGUUUUGGAUAGAAGAGGACUGUAAAUAUCAAGAGUCAAAGAGGUAGGAUUGGACCCAAAGCUUAACUUAAGAUCAGAACGCUUAAACCUUGUUUUUUUCUUUUUCUCAAGACGUGUUGUGUUGUUGACGUCAAAUGGGAGCUUUUCAUAAUCUCGAGUUAGGUUUCAGGCCUGUGUGAGAUACAGUCAGUCGGUUGUGUUUAUUUACCCAUAGUUCCAACAGGCCUCAGACCAGCCCUUCUAGUCAGAGACCCAGAUGGGCAGAGGUGGCGUCUCAAACAGAGCCCUGUUCCCUAGACGGUGCACUAGUUUCGACCCCCUAUGUGGCACUGCUCAAAAGAAAAGGUUUCAAAUGUAGUUCGCUAAAUAAGGAAUUAGGGUGUCAUUUGGGAUACAGGCUGGGGGGGCAGAGGUGUGUU